AUCUGGCAUCUCUUGGGGUCUUGGCCUUGCUUGGCUGUCCCUCGUAGACAUGUGUGAAUGGAUUGGAUCUGCAUUUGUUGCUGGUGUAUCUGCUGCUUGGGUAUCAGUUUCAGGCAUGUUCACAUGGCUUGGGUCUGUGACGUAUGCCUGCCUUGCUUAUGCAUUAGACUGGCUGUAUAUUGUGUUAGGGUUCCUGCAGUAUAUAGGCCUAGCCAUCCUAAGUUUCUUUACUUCUGGUGUCUCUUAUCUCUCUGCCCUCUUCCUUCCUGUGAAUGAUACCAAUAACAAUGUGGAUGAAGCCCAAACCAUCACUGAAGAUGUCCAAUCAUGGAGCGUAGUUGGCUGGGUCUCGAGCAUCGUCUCCAAGGAAAGUUUCUCUCAGUUGUAUGCAAGUGCUUCUGAAAUAACCCAAACCUCUGGAAAUUGGUUGUGGAAUAGCUGGCUGUGGCUUAUUGUGACCCUCGGAGAAGCCCUUACCUCCGCUGCUUCUUAUGCCCAGUGGCUCCUCUUCAGCUUCUUUUCUCUUGUUGUCUACCUGUUAACGGGACUGUGGAAUCUUCUGGUAUACUUAUUCCUUGGUCUGAUUGGCCUCUUUACAUCUGCCGCAUCGUCAGUCUCAUAUGCUGCUGUUACGACAUCUUCAGCUGUGACCAACGGUGCCAAGCUGAUUGUCCUACCUUUUUAUGGAUCUUCUGAAUCAACAAAGGAAACCACCAGUAAAACCAUUGUCACAACUCCAAAAGUGGAACAGAAUGUCAAUUUGAACAAUCCCUCGGUUGUGGAAAUUGUAGACUCGAGUAUGAGCGAGCAUUAA